UAUUCUGUAUGCAUAUGACUGCUGCAACAAUCAAGCCAAAAACAAACAUCUUUACGUUCGUUGUAGAGAGGGCCAGACACACCGCGUUAUUGGCAACAUAGUGCCCAACCCACGGGGCCAUCACCACCCGUGCACAAGGCUACAAGCGCCCCCACCCUGCCGACGGCAACAGCAGCCUCGUUUUUUUCGAUCGCGAUCAAGGCUCGUUUUUGUGUUCCCCAGCAACACCGACACCCCAAAAGCAGCAGAGAGCAAGAUGCCCAAGGACGCGGAAGCCGAGCGUCUCAAGAAGAUGAAGAAAAUGUCUCGUGUUCUUGGGAUCAACAUCCAUCAGGUGGCUGCGAUGCUCGAGAAGCAAGAGAGGGCCGCCAACGGCGAAAUAGACGAGGAGGAGGAGACCCCGCCGGCCGCCGCCGCCGCCGCCACCCCCGCCGCUGCCGCUGCUGCAAGUCCCGAGAACGAUGACCCUUUCUCGAAGUUCAUGCGCGAGCAGAACGGCGGCGCGCAAGGCGAAGGGGCGGGGGCGGGGGCGGCGGGAUCCGAUGCCGCUUCGUCGGCGGUUACAACUAAACCUUCGGCGAAAAAGAAGGACGAGGAGAUGCCUCCUUGUACCGUGCUCUUCAUCGGCGGCACCGAUUGGACCGCGCUCGGCCGUCGUCCGACGGAGGGGGACAUCCUUUGCCCCAAGCGACUGCUGUCGUUCCCCAAGAAGAUCAAGUUCGUUGCCUCCGGCCCGACCGCGUGUCAUAGCGUGUGCAUCGACGUACAGGGAGGGGUGUACACGUGGGGCCGAAAUGAGUUCGGGGGCCUGGGGCACGGGGACACCGCUCCGCGAGCCCACCCGACCCUCGUGGCGGCGUUGAGCGGGACGAGGAUGAAGCAGGCCAGCUGCGGGAAGACGCACACGGGCAUCUUGGCGGAAAAUGGGACGCUGUACAUGAUGGGAGGAGGCAAGCUUGGACAGCUGGGGUUGGGCCGAGCGGUAGAGUCCUGCACGGAGCCGAAGGCGGUGGAAGUGCCAGGCGGGACUGUUGAGAAGGUGGCGUGCGGCGCGGAGUUCACGGCGAUAAUCGACAACCGAGGGCGGCUGUUGACGUUCGGGUCGCCGCAGGACGGGCAGCUUGGGGGCGGGACGACGGGGGAGUUCAUCGAGAAGGCCGGGAAGAUAUCUUACGAUCUGGUGCUGGCUCCGGCUGUGGUCUCCACGUUCUUUUCUAAGGACGCUCGCACAAAAGCUAUAGAGGAGUUUCGCGGAGUGGAGCUGGCGGACAUCGCCUGCGGGAAGAGCCACGGGGUUGCCGUGGAGAAGGGGCCGCGGGCACGUGUCUUCACGUGGGGCUUUGGAGGGUACGGGAGGCUCGGGCACGCCUGCCAGGACCAAGAGCUCCGGCCCCGGAUGGUGGACGUCCUUGCCCGCAUGACCCACCUCAAGGUCACCAAGGUGGCCGCCGGCGCCGGGUGCUCGCUGGCGAUCACCGAGAACGGCCACCUGUUCUACUGGGGGAAGCUGCCCAACGCGCCCCGGGGAGAAGCGACCAUGUACCCCAAGAUCGUAGAAGACCUGUCGAACUGGCAGACGCGGUCGGUGGCCGGCAGCAACGGGGCUCUCCUGGUAGCGGCGGAGACGAGCACGAUCUCUUGGGGGACGAGCGUGGCGGGAGAGCUCGGAUACGGAGAGGACAUCGGCACGCCUCGCACGUCGACGAAGCCCAAGCUGGUGAACGCGCUGGAGGGGCUUACGGUGAUGCAGGUCGCCAUGGGUCUCGGCCACAGCCUUCUUCUCGCAGAAGAGAACGAGAAGUCGCAGGCGAUCUUGAAGGGGCUAGGGGAAUGCGUCCCCUUCGAGGGCGACGGCGGCGGCGGCGGUGCGGAGGAGGAGGAGGAGGAAGAGGAAGAGGGACCGCCGGCCAAGAAAAGGAGGGGGAGGCCUGCGGGGAGCAGUAAAAAGGGCGGCAAGGGGAGCUCCAAGAAGGGGGCGGCGGGUGCCAAGGGCAAGGGGAGGGCGAAGCGGUGAUGAUUGUUUUUUGUCUAAGUUUCCAUUGCGUAGCAAGUAGACGGCGUGCGGCGACGCGAGUCACAGGUGCUUGUAUCGACGGGCGAAUUGUCACCGAUGCUUAUGAACUUGGUGUUAAAAGUGCGGGGAGACUCUACCCUUGCUUGUAUCGAGUGAACUGCGCUCGCACCAACAGUAGGUGGAACUUACGUCCUUGUUGGGGAUAUUGUAAAAUGCUUGCAUCCUUGUUUGUGCCCUGGUUGCGUGUGCCCCUCCCUCUCCACGACGCGCUGUAGAAGCACGCCAUGGAAAUAGUCAGCCUUAGCGCAGCUGGAGAAUGGCGGUUGAAAAACACCGGACCGCCCAGACGAAUGUCCGUACAAGCAUUUGCGCAGAAGAUAUGCAUACCAUGAACAAGAUCGGGUUCAGGACUGAUGUCGAACGGCAGACAAGCCUUGACUGGUUGCAGCUUGUGCUGGGGGCUAAGGUCGUUCUCGGAGUCGCUAUGGUCUGUCUCAGGACCCUGGCUCGAUCGGGGCAGGAGAAACUGAAGGAUGUUUUUUCGUGUUUCGGUGGUGACACGAUACCCUCCUCCGAAAUAGUCGGUAAACCUAUUAGACUACUGUCGCAUUGCAUUCGGGUGUGGGUGGGCGGGCAGUUUGGUGCUUCACCGCGAAUGCACGCGCUGUUGUGCGUCAAUUGCGGGCCACUCUGUGAAUGGCGAAGUUGGUGCGUCAACGGUCGCGUGUGUUUGGCGACCUCCCGGCUGCUUGAUUUUGACGCAAGUACGCACGGAGGAUGGCGGCCGACUUGUUUGUGCAAAAGAAAGUGACCCCCGUUUCGGUAUCUGUUGCUCUUCAGAGCAUGUUUAGUUUCAUGACAACCGCUUGAUUCCCGAGACCGUCACAGCAAUAGAGCUUGGGUCUCUCUCGGCUUUGUGUCUGGCUGUCUGUCAUUGAUUCAGUAGUGGUACGUGAACAUGUCAAUCCACACAACUCAGCACAAGUUCAAAUAAGAAACUACUUCGAAAGAUUG